GAGGUGUCUGUCACAGAGACGCUCCAGACUUUCCAUAUGGGUGUCAAGUUUCCAAGCAGAGAAGACAGGGCUUUCUUUGCACAGAGGCUUCAAGUAACAACAGAAGACUUCAACCUGCCUGACUUCUUUAAGGACAACCUGCCUUCCUCAGGUGUGUCCCCGGCUCUCUCCUGAGGCCAAGAGAAGGAGCUGUCCCACAGCGGUCAGGCAGGCCUGCCGUGCCCAUGACAGUAAGAUACUGGACGUUUGUAACCGGCACAUGUCAGUGAGGUUUAACGAGAACGCAGUACACAGCCAGGAUCACAACUGCUGGUGCCCAGCCCCAGCAAGGAUGGCUAACUCCAAAAUAAGCUCCCUUCUUUCCCCUGCCAGGUGCCGUGUGUGGAGCCAUGCCUCUCUGUGGUUUCCUACAGCGUCCCUCCUCAGUCUCUCAGCUCUGCCUGCCACAGGACUAUCCUGGCUAUUCUAUGCCUCUCUGUGGUUUCCUACAGCGUCCCUCCUCAGUCUCUCAGCUCUGCCUGCCACAGGACUAUCCUGGCUAUUCUAUGCCUCUCUGUGGUUUCCUACAGCGUCCCUCCUCAGUCUCUCAGCUCUGCCUGCCACAGGACUAUCCUGGCUAUUCUAAAUGCUCAGGGGAAAAAAAGAAAUACAAGACCGAAAACCCCUGGAAGUAUUUCAGGAACUUGAGGCUGACAGAGCAAGCAGCCAUACUCAACCUGUCCUGUCAGAGAGGCCUCAGCCAUCUGCAUAUCAGAUGUCUAGAUUAUGAUUCAUAACAGUAGCAAAUUACAGUUAUGAAGUAGGAAUGAAAUGAUUUUAUGCUUGGGGGAGACUACAACAUGAAGAACUGUAUUAUAUUAAAGGGUCGCAGCAUCAGGAAGGUUGAGAACCUCUGCUCUAGAGACGAGGCCACCUGGUACUGCUGGACUUGAUGAGCCUCCUAUCUAUGCACUGGAUUUUUGAUUUAUUUCUUCUUAACUAAUAUACACUGGUUUGGCUUUUGUUUUUAGUUACAAUGUAAGAGGGAUAUGUCUGGGGAAAUGUACCUUUAGGGAAACAAUAACAUUUGUUUAUCUGAGGAAAAAAAGGGGAAGGAAGGCAGUGUGGGAAAUAAGACAAAUGAAAAACAGAAGACCCAUGAAAACAAGGCAGUCUUAAGAACCAUUCUGCAGACUGGACAUCAGCAUAGAGAAAAGGCAAAAAACAGCCUCCUGCUGACUUGACACAGACAAAUCAGUUGUGGUUUGUUUUGUUUUUUUCUUUUUUUGGUUGGGUGUUUAAGAUAGGGUUUCUCUGUGUAUCCCUGGCUGUCCUAGAACUAGCUCUGUAGACCAGAGCUGGCCUUGAAUUCACAGAGAUCUGUCUGCCUCUGCCUCUGCCUCUUGGUAUGCCUCUAAAGCUGGAGAGAUGGCUCAGCAGUUAAGAUUGAUUUUCUAGAGGUCCUGAGUUCAAUUCCCAGCAACCACAUGGUGGCCCUCUUCUGCUGUGUCUGAAGACAGCUACAGUGUACUCAUACACAUAAAAUAAAUAGUCUUGGGGCUGGGGAUUUAGCUCAGUGGUAGAGCGCUUACCUAGGAAGCGCAAGGCCCUGGGUUCGGUCCCCAGCUCCGAAAAAAAGAACCAAAAAAAAAAAAUAGUCUCUUAAUCACCAGAAAUCCCUGCCCCCUUUUCCAAUAUGUUGGGACUUGCCUCUUCUCCAAAUUCCCUAUCCAAAUGGCUCAGGACACAAAGCCCAAUCUAAUGAAUAGUUGGGGGCUUGUGACUGCCCCCUUUAUGAUGGAGGACUGAGUCAUGAGCCAGGCUGCCUGUAACUUUCCAACUUUCAGAGUUCUGUGACCUGGCACCUGCUGCCAGCUAGGGGAGAGAGGGACCAAACCCCCCUGUUUAUCUGAUUCCCCUCCAAUGAACUCUGAGCCCACCCCAGGCUGAAAAUACACUAUAAAAAUGUAUGUGUUCCAGCAGGCACAACGAAUUAUGGUAGUAUCACAAGGAAAGGCUGAAGGAAGGCGAGACGGGCUGCAGGGAAAGCAGGCUUUCAAGAAUGAAGAGCUGGCUGUCCCCAGCUGCAAAUGUGUAGCACCUACCGAGAACCUUGGUAAGCCAGCUCCAAUAAGAACUAGCUCUUUAAGAGUCUAGCAGGUGCGGCCUGGUUACUGGUUAAUCUACCUAGCUCCCAUGCAUGCUGAUGUCACUGUAGAUCAGGUUACUCAGACAGUGUGAGUUAGCCAGCUGUAUAAUGAGGAAAAGGAAGUCUCCAGAAACCUGUUCUGGUGGCCCAGCAAUCAAAGGGUAUGCACUUCUCGGGAGCUGAGAAGUCUCUAAUUAAAUUCAGGCACUGCGAGAGGUCCAUCUACACUUUCGGUGUACCCCAAUGCUGCCCUCUUUGCCAGGGGGAUGUGGGCUCCACCAGGAUAGAGGACGCACCUAUCAGCAUCUCAGAUCCAUUCUCCAAUGGUCAUCAAGAGAAAUGCUCCUUCCUCCUCAAACCCACGAGAGGGACGUUCCUUAGGGAGUACGAUGGGAAGUCUGAUCUGCACGUGGGAGUCACUAACACACAUGGGGUCGUGUAUAAUUACAGUGCACGCGGCAUACAGCGAGACGAGGCAGGCUGGGAGUGUUGUCUCAGUGUUCCUCUAGUGCAGCCUAGCAUGUUUGGACUGCUGGACCAGUGGGACAAGUACUUGGAAGACUUCUCUGCUUCUCCAGCCUGGCUGCCUCAUAGGUAUGAAGAGAAUCACCACAACUGCUCGAGCUUUGCCCUGGCCUUCAUUAACUGCAUCCUGGCCAUGGAGGGCCAAGAGCAGCUGGAGAAGAGCGAGUUCACAGAGAAGUACGUGAUCCCGAGGACGCGCCUGGCCGCCAAGUACAUCACGCUCUACAGGGCCAUCCAGGAGAGGGGCUUCCAUGUGACUGACCAUCCUGGCCUGGGGACAAGCCCCGGUGAGCAGGCUGUAGCGAAUGCUGCAUGGGAGGGUCGCUGAGACAGGACAUUUGGGCUUGUGGCCUUUCAACGGUACUGCAGAUUUAUAACUGUACUUAGUGCGAUUCGUUUCUAAAAAGUAUGUGGUUUUCCAUUAAGCUUAAUAUAGCAAAAUUAUAAAAUUAACAAAAGUAAAUAAAAAUUUAUAAAACUAAUAAAAUCACAGAGUAUAUAGCUCAGUGGGAGAACCAUCUGCCUAUCAUGUAAGAGACCCUAGGUCUCCCCUUUACCACACUCUCAAUUUAAGAAAAAAAUAAAUAAAAUUUCCCUGGGUUUCAAAAAA